GUGUUUUUAAAACGCGUUAGUGCAUUUCGCUGGCGUCUUUCUGAAUUCUUUUAGCAAACAAAGUUUAGAUUUGUGCAAAUUAUUAACGUUUAACAAUUCAAAUAAAUAAUGGGCGUGGAAAUGGAUACCAAUGAGACGGGCGUGGAGCUCACGGAGGCGGAGAACGAGCUGUACGACCGACAAAUUAGACUAUGGGGUCUGGAAUCCCAAAAGCGCCUGCGCACUGCCAAGAUUCUCAUUGCCGGACUGUGUGGCCUUGGCGCCGAGAUAACCAAGAACAUCAUCCUGUCCGGUGUUAACUCUGUGAAACUGUUGGAUGACAAACUGGUCACUGAGGUAGACUUUUGUUCGCAGUUCCUCGCCGCACGUGAAUCCCUAAACACUAACCGCGCGGAGGCGUCUUUGGUUCGGGCAAGGGCGCUUAAUCCGAUGGUGGACAUUUCCGCCGACAAAGAACCAUUGAAGGAGAAGACCGCUGAGUUCUUUGGCCAGUUUGACGUGGUAGUUGUCAAUGGCGAGACCAACGAAGAGCUGCUGCGCAUCGACAACAUUUGCCGGGAACUAGGCGUAAAGUUUAUAGCCACUGAUGUCUGGGGCACGUUUGGCUUCUAUUUUGCCAGUCUGCAGAAGCACAGCUACGUAGAGGAUGUAAUCAAACACAAGGUCGUAUCCAACCCGGAUAAGAAAAAGAAGUACGAAACCGUGUCCAUUCCAACACAGCGCGAAGUUGAUUAUCCCGGCUACUUGGCCUGGAUUGAUUUUGAUAUAACAGCACCCAGUUAUUCGCGCAAGCUGAAACGAAACGGACCAGGCGUCCUGCUGCUGAGUGUUCUGCAGAAGUUCCGCACCACCCACCAGCGAGAUCCCAACUACAAGAGUAGAGAUGCGGAUCUGAAAUUGCUGCGCGGGAUUUGCGACGAACUGUUGCCCAACAACGCCCUUAGUGAUGAAGCUUUGGGCAUGAUAUUUGCCCAGAUUUCUCCAGCUGUGGCAGUAGUUGGUGGCGUUGUGGCCCAAGAAGUCAUUAAAGUGGUUACCAAAAUGGAAGCGCCGCACCGCAAUCUCUUCGUAUUCGAUCCGGAGACUUGUGCUGGUUACUUUGAGACCAUCGAAGCCAAGUAAAUCAAAUGCUUUUUUAAAAGAUCCUAAAUUUUAAAUAACACCGCAGUUGAAAAUUUUA